ACAGACCUCACCAAAAUGCCCUCUCAAAUGGAACAUGCCAUGGAAACGAUGAUGUUUACGUUUCACAGAUUUGCUGGGGAUAAAUGCUACUUAACAAAGGAGGACCUGAGAGUGCUCAUGGAAAAGGAGUUCCCUGGAUUUUUGGAAAACCAAAAAGACCCUCUGGCCGUGGACAAAAUAAUGAAAGAUCUGGACCAGUGCCGAGAUGGCAAAGUGGGCUUCCAGAGCUUCCUUUCCCUAAUUGCUGGGCUCACCAUCGCAUGUAACGACUAUUUUGUAGUACACAUGAAGCAGAAGGGAAAGAAGUAAAAAUAGGCAGUAUUGAGGAAUGACUCCCACCCUGACAAGAGUUAUCCCAAAGAGUUGCUUCAGGAGUCUGCCCCAUAGCUUUCCCCUGUAUAAGGAUUUCAUGAACAGAUUGGGGCCCUUCAGAAUAUGUACAAAUAAACUCUAACUCCUGUUUGACAAGUAGAGAAAGAAAAGUCAAUUAAAUGCCAGAUAAGCUUUUGAUUUUUAUAUUGUUUGCAUCCUCUUGCCCUCAAUAAACAAAUUCCUUUUUUAAUACCUAAUCUGA